CGUUCUCGUACAAAGUUUGAUUAUUCGUCUUAAAUCUCUGCCUCGUCUGUUUUUAAUUACAGAAACCGAACCCAACAUCUACAACUGUACAAAACGAACUUAACACUUUCGCCUUCACUCUAAAAAAUCUCUCCUUUUUUUUCCCUCUCUGUGGGUUACAGCAGCUGAUAAGCAUCUCGAGACUUGGAAUAUCGAAAUGGAAGGAGUGGGCUCCACCAGACUUGGCCGAGCUUCAGCUCGUUACGGUGGUUCGACGGCGGUGUUUAAUGGUCCGGUGAGGAAGUGGAAGAAGAAGUGGGUUCACGUGUCGCCUUCAUCCACCGCUAAACACUCUCAGUCCAACGGGAACGGUUCCACAGCUUCCAGCAUCCUACUCUGUAGGUGGGCCCCACUUUCCUUUGCUGAUUCCGGGUCCUCCGCGGUCGACGGCGAGGUCGAGGAGCAGCAUCCCCCAAAGCGCAAGUUCCGCUAUACCCCCGUUGUUGUGGUAGAGGAAGAGCGGAAAAAGGCGGCUGCAAAACAGGUUGAAGAUGAAGCUAAGACAGAUGAUAAUAAGAUCAAGCAAUCCCCAGAUUUGCUGUCAUCUAAGACUGGUAACGAGCUGGACAUGAAUAAUCUUUUAAAGAACGAAAUUCAGGAUUCGAACAAAGGCAAUUUGAACUUAGUUUUGUGCUUGAAAGGCCAUGAUGGCAGCCAAAAUUCUGUUGGCACAAGCCUCGGUCGGGAGAAGGCAGCAAGCUCGAUGGGAUUUUGGUCGAUCGGUUGACAUUUAAUCAGUUAUGGAACAGGGUUCACGUGCCUAAAAGAAUUCGCAAAUUUGAUUACUCCAUAAUAAUAAUGGAUCAUAUAUCGUAGUUGUGAUAGUAGGUAUAUACUUGCAUAUGCUCGAUCAUAGUACUAAUAGUAUUUGGUCAAAUAAUCGUGUGCGGUGUAUAUUCGAGCUAUAGCAAUUGUUUGAACCAUGGCUAACUUUGUGAUUGCAGUUAUUAUACGGAGUAUAGAACCCAUGUGGAUUAUGCUUUAUGAUGGCAAUAUAACCUAAAAGCUUAACCCUCUUGUGGCAUCUUCCAUCGAGUAUUGAAACAGGAAA